CGCGGCGGGCAUGCGCUGAGUGUGGAAGGCCGCCUGCGAGGCCCCCGAGCGUUCCCGAAGCUCCUGGACCCUCUUCUGGGAGGGGGAGCCCCGCGCCAACUUUAUGGGGCAGCAGCCUGGAAAAGUUCUGGGGGACCAGAGGAGGCCAAGCCUGCCCGCCCUGCACUUCAUCAAGGGAGCCGGGAAGAAGGACUCGGCGCGCCAUGGGGGCCCGCACUGCAACGUCUUCGUGGAGCACGAAGCCCUUCAGAGGCCAGUAGCGUCUGACUUCGAGCCCCCGGGGCUGAGUGAGGCUGCUCGCUGGAACUCCAAGGAAAACCUCCUCGCCGGGCCCAGUGAAAAUGACCCCAACCUGUUUGUUGCACUGUAUGAUUUUGUGGCCAGUGGAGAUAACACUCUAAGCAUAACUAAAGGUGAAAAGCUCCGGGUCUUAGGCUACAAUCACAAUGGGGAGUGGUGUGAAGCCCAAACCAAAAAUGGCCAAGGCUGGGUCCCGAGCAACUACAUCACGCCGGUCAACAGCCUGGAGAAGCACUCCUGGUACCACGGGCCCGUGUCCCGCAACGCCGCUGAGUACCUGCUGAGCAGCGGGAUCAACGGCAGCUUCCUGGUGCGGGAGAGCGAGAGCAGUCCUGGCCAGAGGUCCAUCUCGCUGAGAUAUGAAGGCAGGGUGUACCACUACAGGAUCAACACCGCUUCUGACGGCAAGCUCUACGUCUCCUCGGAGAGCCGCUUCAACACCCUGGCCGAGCUGGUCCAUCAUCACUGCACCGUGGCCGAUGGCCUCAUCACCACCCUGCACUACCCGGCCCCCAAGCGCAACAAGCCCACGGUGUACGGCGUGUCCCCCAGCUACGACAAGUGGGAGAUGGAGCGCACCGACAUCGCCAUGCGGCACCGGCUGGGCGGCGGCCAGUACGGGGAGGUGUACGAGGGCGUGUGGAAGAAGUACAGCCUCACAGUGGCCGUGAAGACCUUGAAGGAGGACACCAUGGAGGUGGAAGAGUUCCUGAAGGAAGCUGCAGUGAUGAAGGAGAUCAAGCACCCCAACCUGGUGCAGCUGCUCGGGGUCUGUACCCGGGAGCCCCCGUUCUACAUAAUCACUGAGUUCAUGACCUAUGGGAACCUGCUGGACUACUUGCGAGAGUGUAAUCGGCAGGAGGUGAACGCUGUGGUGCUGCUCUACAUGGCCACGCAGAUCUCGUCAGCCAUGGAGUACCUGGAGAAGAAGAACUUCAUCCACAGGGACCUUGCUGCCCGGAACUGCCUGGUAGGGGAAAACCACUUGGUGAAGGUGGCUGACUUUGGCCUGAGCAGGCUAAUGACGGGGGACACCUACACGGCCCACGCCGGAGCCAAGUUUCCCAUCAAGUGGACCGCGCCGGAGAGCCUGGCCUACAACAAAUUCUCCAUCAAGUCCGACGUGUGGGCGUUUGGAGUGCUGCUUUGGGAGAUUGCCACCUACGGCAUGUCGCCUUACCCGGGGAUCGACCUGUCCCAGGUCUAUGAGCUGCUGGAGAAGGACUACCGCAUGGAGCGCCCGGAAGGCUGCCCGGAGAAGGUCUACGAACUCAUGCGAGCAUGUUGGCAGUGGAGUCCCUCAGACCGGCCCUCCUUUGCUGAAAUCCACCAAGCUUUUGAAACGAUGUUCCAAGAAUCCAGUAUCUCAGAUGAAGUGGAAAAGGAGCUGGGGAGACGGGGCGCACGGGGAGCUGCGAGCACCUUGCUGCAGGCCCCAGAACUGCCCACCAAGACCAGAACCUCCAGGAGAGCCGCCGAGCACAGAGACGCUGCCGACGCCGCCGAUGUGCCCCACUCCAAGGGCCAGGGCGAGAGCGAUGCCCCGGACCAUGAGCCUGCCGUGUCUCCACUGCUCCCUCGGAAAGAGCGAGGCCCCCCGGAUGGCGGCCUGAAUGAGGACGAGCGCCUGCUCCCCAAAGAUAAGAAGACUAACCUGUUCAGCGCCCUGAUCAAGAAGAAGAAGAAGACGGCUCCGACGCCCCCGAAGCGCAGCAGCUCCUUCCGGGAGAUGGACGGCCCGCAGGAGCGCAGGGGUCCCGGCGAGGACGAGGGCCGGGACGUCAGCAACGGGGCGCCGCCCCUCACCCCCUCGGACGCAGCCGAGCCAGCCAAGGCUCCCAAGGCCAGCAACGGCGCCGGUGUUCCCAACGGGGCCUGCCGGGAGGCCGGGGGCUCGGGCUUCCGGUCCCCACACCUGUGGCAGAAGUCCAGCACGAUGACCAGCAGCCGCUUAGCAGCCGGCGAAGAGGAGAGCGGUGGCGGCUCCAGCAAGCGCUUCCUGCGCUCCUGCUCCGCCUCCUGCGUGCCGCACGGGGCCAAGGACGCAGAGUGGAGGUCGGUCACGCUGCCGCGGGACCUGCAGUCCACCGGGAGGCAGUUCGACUCGUCCACGUUUGGAGGGCACAAAAGUGAGAAGCCAGCUUUGCCUCGGAAGCGGGCCAGCGAGAACAGGUGCGACCAGGUGACCAGAGGCACCGUGACCCCCCCGCCCAGGCUGGCGAAAAAGAGCGAGGAAGCCGGGGACGAGGUCUUCAGAGACGCCGCGGCCGACGGCAGCCCGGGCUCCAGCCCUCCCGGCCUGACUCCGAAGCUCCAGCGGCGGCAGGUCUCGAUGGCUGCUGCCUCUGCAGCCCCCCACAAGGACGAGGCCGGGAAGGGCGGUGCCCUGGGGACUGCUGCUGCCGCUGAGCCAGGGCCCCCUCCCAGCAGGGCAGCGUCAGGCGCACCUGGGGGCCCCGGCAAGGGCCCCAGCGAGGAGCCCCGAGUAAGGAGGCACAAGCACGCCUCCGAGUCACCGGGGAGAGACAAGGGGAAGUUGUCCAAGCUCAAACCCGCCCCACCGCCUCCCCCAGCCCCCGUGGGGAAAGCCGGGAAACCCUCUCAGAGCCCGAGCCAGGAGGCAGCUGGGGAGGCAGCCGCUGGCGCGAAGACAAAAUCCACAAGCCUGGCUGUGGACGCAGCGAGCUGUGAGGCCGCCAAGCCUGGCCAGCCAGGGGACAGCCUCAAAAGGCCUGUGCUCCCGUCCGUACCAAAGCCACAGUCGGGCCCCAAGCCCUCGGGGACCCCCGCCAGCUCGGCCCCCACCCCUGCCUCGCUGCCAUCGGCGGCCGACCAGCCGUCUUCCACCGCCUUUAUCCCGCUCAUAUCCACGCGCGUGUCUCUUAGGAAAACCCGCCAGCCCCCAGAGCGCAUCGCCAGCGGCACCAUCACCAAGGGCGUGGUUCUGGACAGCACCGAGGCCCUGUGCCUGGCCAUCUCCAGGAACUCAGAGCGGAUGGCCGGCCACAGCGCCGUGCUGGAGGCCGGCAAAAACCUCUACACGUUCUGCGUGAGCUACGUGGAUUCCAUCCAGCAGAUGAGGAACAAGUUCGCCUUCCGAGAGGCCAUCAACAAACUGGAGAGCAACCUGCGGGAGCUGCAGAUCUGCCCGGCGGCGGCGGGCGGCGGCCCGGCGGCCACGCAGGACUUCAGCAAGCUGCUCAGCUCCGUGAGGGAGAUCAGCGACAUCGUGCAGAGGUAGCAGGAGCCAGGCCUGCAGCCCGCGAGGGCUCGCCCACGCCUGCUCCCACGCCAGCAGCUGGCUCUGGCUGCCCAGGUUGUGCACCAGCUGCCCUGCGCCAGCCCCGCCACCCCCGCCCUUGGGGAGGGCCUCCGUGGACUGCGGCUGGCACGCCGGGGUGGCUUCAGAUCGCGCUGAGCCCUCGGCCAGCUGGGGAGGUCGCUCCACUCGGUGCCUUCACUGCCGUUUCCCUCACGAACAGGAGCCUUGUCACCUCCAGGCCCACCGGCCUCGCAGCUCCCGGGUGAAGCCCGCGACAGACGACCCCCGGGCAGGCUGCGCGCUGUUGCCGGUCCCGCUCUGCAUUGGGGGCGCACAGGGCCAGAGCCAGCCAACCUGCGGGCCCCGGGCAGGCGGGGGCUGGGGGGUGAAGGCGGGGGUAUCCCCGCCAUCUGUCCACGCCGCGUCCCCAGGCCCAGUUCCUGUUCUCAUGUGACGUGCACUGUGAAUCCUGGGUAGCAAGCUUGAGUCUGGAGGGUGACAGGGUCGCUGUCCUGAGGCAGUGGCUCGCUGGGUGACCGGCUGGGGCAGGCCUGGCCCCGUGCCGUGGAAGGAUCUGCAUUGCUGACCAACCUCCCUCCCCCUCCUCAUCCAACACGAAGUGGAUCUUUGUGGGGCCCCUUUCUACUUCUCCCGGGAAGGAGCUGCCACUGCGCACCAGCACACGGGGGUGGGGGGUGGGGGGCUCUGAGCAGAGCUGGCGCACCCCUGACCGGGGCGGGUGUCUCUUCUUUAAUUACCGUGAGCGACACUUGGCCUGACGUUUCUGUGGGGUCAUCUGGGAGCCUUAGGAAAACCGCAAACCAAACCCCAGGGGGUGCUUUAAAGAGCCGGCCUUGGUGUCUUCCCAGAGCUGCUUAAAGCCUGAGCUGAGGUGUGGAGACCCUGACUCCUCCUUGACCUUGACCCAGAGCAGCCGGUGCGGGGAGUGGGCCCCUGGAUCCAGUGGCCCUGCACAGCCCCUGUUUGCACAGUGACCACCUGAACCUGUGUCUUAGCUCCCUGGGGUCGCAGUGUGCCCAGGGGGCGCCCCAACACCGACAGCGGCCUUGCAGACCCAGAACAGGCCGCGUGGCGCGAGGUCCUGGCGUCGCCUUCUGUUAACAUGUGCCACUAUAUUUUGCAUUUAUACCUUGGUAUUACACUCUUUUAUAAAUAGUUUCCCACUGUCCUCCGUCUGGAAUGCCUAUGGUGCCCCCCUCCUCUCUCGGUCCAGUUACAUUUUGUUUCUGUAUAUGACUCUGUUGUGUUUUUUAAAUAAAGAACUGUUUACAA